AUGAUGGUGUCCAAGGAGUCCACGGAUUCGGCCACCACCACCACCGCCUCCUCCGGCUCCUCAACGGCCGCUGGCACAGUGACAGCCGCCAACACUGACGGAUCUUCGUCCUCCACCGGCACUGUCGGUAGCACGACGACCAACUCGUCUUCUAGCAGCAGUGGCUGGCACAUGACGGCCGUCACCUCAGUGCAGGCGCGUGUGCAGGGUGACGCCCCUGUGUGGAAUGAGGAGGCACAGAUGUGGUUGUCCAACAACCUGCAGACGUCGGACCCUCGUGCUCCGUACCCUGGCAACUACUGGUUCUCGUUCCCGAACUCUUGUGCUCAGGAGCUUCGUGCCGACAAGACGGACGAGUGUCGUGCUCAAUACCCUGGCGGUCUUUGCCCUAUGGGUACUCAGCCUGAUGGCGACAGCUGUACGUUCAGCUACAAGAUCCUUGGUUACCUGAACAUUGACGACCUGGUCGGUAUUACCGAGAUGGGCUACAAAAACUACGAGGAAUUCUGUGAAGACGGCGGUGUGGAGUUCAAGGCCACAAAUACUGGUAGUGGCUUUAAGGUGGAGGAGUCGAUCGAUUUCUGGGAAAAACCCGGAGAUGAGGAGGCUAACGCUAAACGCACCAAGAAGAUGGUGGAGAUGUACAAUGAACUGGCCAGCAAUGGCACGAGUGCCAACAUGUCGCCGCUUCCGUCUAUUGAAACGCUGACGGAGGCCAAUCCUAAGUGUGAAGAGAACAGUCCUAAGUGCGCCAGUGCUGCGAACGGCUGCGCUCGCUCACUGUACUCUCAGAUCUGCAUGGUGUGCUCGUCGAGUGAUAACUGCGAGGUCUCCUCCUCGGCGUUCCCGGACCUGACGCUUCCUUCCAAUUCGUCCUCUUCCUCGUCGGAGGACGGAUCGUCCGACAGCUCAACUGAUGCGGGUGACUCGAGCACGGACUCGACUACGGGUAGUGCUAAUGCGCUGUCGGACGACAGUGGCAGCAAGACCAGCAGUCGCAGUAGCAGCAGUGCUGCCUCCACCACCAAGGUGUCAGUUUUCGCGGCUUUUGCGGCGCUUAUCGCCAGCAGCCUGCUGUAAGCUAAGAGUGGCUGCAUCUCCGUGUUCAUAGCGAAGCGUAAAAAUCAGGGUUGCAUUGAAUACACUAUCCAAACUUGAGCAGA